AAAAUGUGUUGUAAGUGAACGCUUAUUUUGAAGUACGGAAGUCCAAGAGGGUCAAAAGUUGCCUGGGCACUUCCGUACGGUCACGUCGCAGCAAAAUCAUCACGGACUAAAAUACUUGUCUGACAAACCGAAACGGUGAUCGUCAUUAGCGGCGGGUCUUCGGUCUGCCAAGCGGAGAGGAGGACUGUGGGGUUAUGUCAGCAGACUGCCACUUCCAUCCAUCCCCAUCACCACCACCACAACCAUCAACAUCAUCAUGUCUCUGGGGGACAGCCUUCACCUGCUGCUUGGCCGUAUUCGCUUCUUGAACAGAUGCAUUGAGUGUUUCAAGAGGAGCGAGCCACUUCCUGAGUGUCUGUGUUAUGUUCCCAAAGAAGUGUGCUACAAAAUCUGCAAGGAUUUGUCCGCCAGUGGCUCUACCCCUUCCGGGACAUCCACUGGAGGCUCUGGCAAGACUGUGGUGUCAGUCUUUGACAGCCCACAUCAGAGUGCGCUCAACAAGAAACUGUGCAAGUACACCAUUGAACCAAAGAAAGGGACAUGUAUACGGACGACAGGGGAGGAGUACUGCAACAGCCAAGGCCUCUGGGUCAAACUCAACAAAGAGCAGCUGGAAGAGCAUCGUCCAGGGCAGGACUUGAAGGAGGGUUGGAUCCUGGUGUGCAAGCACACAGAGGGCGGCGACAGGUUGGUGCCUGUGGAGUCUCCAGAGACACUGAGCAGACAGCAGCAGCUCUUUGGCUUCGACCACAAAGCGUGCAAUAGGUGGGAGCAGGUGGUGGAUGUGGAAAAUGCGCUCUUCCUCGGCUCCAAACCCAAGAUUGCGGAGCGAGACGACGUAGCUAUGGAGAAGCUUAGGCACGUCCCUCCUACGUGGACAUAUGAAUGCGACGAGGACCUAGUGCACUACUUUUACGACCACGUAGGCAAAGAGGAUGAGAACCUGGGCAGUCUGAAGCAGAGUGUGACCACUAUUUUUGUUUCUUCAUGUUCAGAGGAUCCCAGCGGCGGGGUGAACUGCCUGACGGACGGCGACACAAAAACAUACUGGGAGAGCGACGGCAUGCAGGGACAACACUGGAUCCGUCUGCAUAUGAGGAGAGGAACGGUGGUCAAUAAGCUGAUUUUGACGGUCGACUCAACAGACGACAACUACAUGCCAAAGAGGGUCACUGUGUAUGGAGGAGAGGGAGACAACCUGAAGAAGCUGAGUGAUGUCACCAUUGAUGACAAUCUGAUUGGAGAAGUAUGCGUGCUGGAAGACAUGGCGUCCCACCUGCCUGUCAUUGAGAUCCGGAUCGAGGAAUGUCGGGAUGAGGGGAUAGACGUGCGGAUCCGAGGACUAAAGAUCAAGUCGUCAUGCGAGCGAGACCUCGGACUGAACGCUGAUGUUUUCCAGUCCUCCUACUUGGUGCGCUACCCCCGUCUGCAGGGGACCCCGGCUGACGUCCUGUACCGCCGAGCACUCGUCAUCCAGAGGUUCAUCUCUUUACUGGACAGCAUUCUUCCACACUUUGUGCCAGCCUGGGACUACAGCAUUGGUACCUUCAACCAGAUCAAAAGCAUAAAACAGUUCCUGUUGCAGUCCAAACGACGCUCGGCACUGGUUACACAGUGCCUGAAGGACUCUGAGACCAGCAAGCCCAACUUCCUGCCUUGCCUCUAUAUCAACAGGCGGCUGGCCAUGGAGCACAGAGACAACCCCUCCCUAGACUCCAGCUGCAAGAACGCUGUGUUCAGUCAGGUGUACGAAGGCCUGAAGCCGUCGGAUAAAUUUGAGAAGACGUUGGAUUACAGGUGGCCCGCUCGCUACGACCAGUGGUGGGAAUGCAAGUUCAUCGCUGAGGGAAUUAUCGACCAGGGCGGCGGCUUCCGGGACAGCCUGGCGGACAUGUCGGAGGAGUUAUGCCCCAGCUCGGCCGAGUGUCCCAUGCCACUACCCUUUUUCACUCGUACAUCCAACCAAGGUGCUCUUGAGGCCAGAGAUUUCUAUGUCCCCAACCCGUCCUGUAAAGAGUUCCACAAGUACGAGUGGAUCGGGCAGCUCAUGGGUGCUGCGCUCAGAGGAAAAGAUUUCCUGGUUCUGGCUCUUCCCGGCCUGGUUUGGAAGCAGCUGACAGGGGAAACGGUCAACUGGAGCAAAGACUUUCCUGCCGUUGACUCUGUGCUGGUCAAUCUGCUGGACGCCAUGGAGAACAUGGACCGUGAGACGUUUGACUUCAGGUUCGGCGAGGAGCUGGUCUACACCACCCUCCUGAGCGACGGGCAGAUGGUGGAUCUCUUACCUGGUGGCAGCAACGUGGCGGUGCGCUACGAGGACCGCCAGGAGUUCAUUCGCCUGGUGCAGAAGGCUCGUCUGGAGGAGAGCAAGCAGCAGAUCGCCGCCAUACAAACCGGGCUGCUAAAGGUUGUCCCUCAGGCGGUUCUGGAUCUGCUCACGUGGCAGGAAGUGGAAAAGAAAGUGUGUGGAGAUCCUGAGAUCAGCGUGGAAGCCCUCAAGAGACUCACUCGCUAUGAGGACCUGGAACAAAAUGAUGUCCGGGUGCAGUACUUGUGGGAGGCGCUCACAAACUUCACCAAUGAGGACCGAAGCAGGUUCCUGAGGUUUGUAACAGGUCGAAGUCGUCUUCCUGCUCCAAUCUACGUCUUUUCUGACAAACAAGUAUUUUGCUCUGAAAGCGAGGCACUUCCGCAGUCUUCUACAUGCUCCAGCACACUCUACCUGCCAAACUAUCCAAGUGCUAAAGUUUGCGAGGAGAAGCUGCGUUACGCCGCCUACAACUGCGUGGCCAUCGACACGGACAUGAGCCCCUGGGAAGAGUGAUCGCUCGGCUGAAAGAACAUCUUGUCUGCACAGAUCACUUUUGGGUGGAGGAAUUCGAGUUAAUCUCCAAAUACCGUCGACAUAACUGCCAAGUCGUCACAGUUGUAAAUAAUGAUGGAAAUAAAAUAAUAAAGAAAUAUAUGGAAACAUGA